GUUGCGGUCGGACUCAUUUGAGGACGCACAUGUUUUACGCAUACAGAAUAACAAGCUCUACUUGCACCUUCCAUAAUAAUUUGCAAUAGCGCUGCAUCAUAUAUCUCAUUUUUUCUUCCGUGAAAGACCACAGCGGUCAAACCAGGCGUCAACGAUACUUAAAAACCACUGGCUAACGCUUGUGUAGCCGGCUGCUAGCUUUCUCGGUGCAUUGUCCUGACCAUGUUUACAUCCCAGACGUCGUCAUUCCAAGAUUCCAUUGACGUGGAGGAGAAAGAUGACUUCGAAAGCGAGGAAAUUGCUGCGUACGGCCAAAAGACUCAGCUGAACUGCUAUUAUGCAAUUUAUCUAUACGAAGGCACGAGAUCGGAGGCCACUGAGGAAAAUGUGGCCUGGAACCAGAGACGCGCAGAUUCCACAACCAGUCAGGAGGACUUUAGCUUGACUUUGAUUGACAGCAGCCUGCCCGCAGAGGCGGAACCCGAGCUUCGCACGUACAUCUCCAGGAGGCUGAGCAAAGGAGCCCUGCUGGGAGGCAUGGGCAACAUCGCCACUGUGGAGCUCAGCCUUCCAGAGCAGGCAGUGGGCUGCUACUGUUGCCUCCUGGAGCAAGAACGAUCUCCAGAGCAACCCGAUGCCGACGGUAAUGGACACGUCAUCUGCUUCUUGGGAGGCUCAGAAAAAGGACUCAACUUAUAUAGGCUAGAGCUUGAUAAGUACGUUCAAGGCUUGCGCAGCAGUCUGCAAACGCCCGAGCUACAAAACCUGGAGACGGAGCUGCGUCCCUAUCUGAGUCGCUGGUACGAAGAGUCUGUCAUGCACAUUCACCGCGUUGUGCAACUGGUGCAGAGCAACAUCAGCUUCCUGCUGCAUGCCGCUCUGAGUCACCAUCACGUGGAGGUCACCAAUGCGGACGACAGGACAAAGACGGACGUGUCCCGGUUCAUCAAAGCAGCCAGCUUGCAGGGCCUGUCGCAGCAAGACACCACGGCAGCCUCCCUCUGCAAGGCCAUGUCGGAGGACGUGCACUCCCACCUGACAGUCGACUGCUCCGACACGCCGCCCACCUUCGCCAACACCGUCAGUAACCGCUUCUGUGACGACUGGAGUCAGGCCUUUUUGAACGCCGCAGAACGGGCCAACCCCUUCCUCCUCAGACAGAUCCUGGAGAACUUCAAACUCAAGGCCAUCCAGGACAUGAACAGCCUGAAGCGCUUCGUGCGUCAGGCCGAGAUGAGCCACUACGCUUUGUUUCGCUGCUGCCAGUUCCUGCAGGGCUGCGGCAACGGCGACGUGCUCCUGCAGAACGCCCGGUCCGAGCACAGCGACCUGCCCGAAGCCUGCCGCAUCAUCGCCGUCCUCGAGGAGUUCCUCAGGGAGCAGUCGCAGGCCUGAAUGCCAUUCUGACACUUGAGUACUUCCUUUUGUUGUUACCUUACUUUUUAAAUACAUUUUGGGAGCAGGGGAAAAUGAAGUUGUAUCACAUACAGUAUAAAUAUAAUUGAUAUUUAAUCCGCUUGUGAAUGUGACUUAAAAACGUGAAUCUCAAAAUAUGGUUGUAAAGUAGGAUGUGCAUAAUCUUGGAAUUUUUUUUUCUAUAGGAGUCUUCUUUUUUUUUUUUUUUUACUGUAUAACAAAAUACUAACAUAACUGACAAACAUUCAAAUACUAAAAUCUAUGUUUUAAAACUGUAAGCUAUAUUUAAUUCCGAUGUGGACUAAAUGAUGCAGAUGAUUUAACACACUACUAAUGCACAUGCAAAUUUUACAUUAUAAUGUAGUUGGAUGACAAAACUGGCUCAGAUAAUCUGAUUUUAACAAGAACUGUGACUAAAUUUGAAGAAAACAAAUUUAGAAGAGUUCCAAGGUUUCAUCAUGUUGCUGUGACAAGAUUUUGUCAAAAUGCCUCAACGAUCAAGGAUUUUAUAGCUGAUUUAAUAUCCAGUGGAAACCACUUGGCUUUGCGUGUGUAUGGGGCGAGGGGGGUCAAAAAAGAGCCACAGCUAAGCCUAUUUUUAGUUUCUUUCCUGAUGAUGGCUUGAUAGUGCUCAGAUGUUUCUAUUUAAAAUGUCACCCUGCUAUUUAAACUUGCAUGGAAUUGCUGUUGGGAGUUGGAAGUGCUGUUUUUUGUUUUUCAAUGUCUUUUUUGGGAAGGGAAAACAAAUCCAAGUAGUUACAGUUGAGCAUAUAUAAAAAUAAACCAGUGAAAGCUUUUAGGACAUUGCACUAGUUCAAUUGUGGAAAAGUGAUUAUGUUGUACUGACUGUGAAUCUAAACUAUGAGAUGUAAAUUAUGGAUGGAUGUGCAAUAAACAUGUCAUGUAAUCCAC